UUUUUAUUUUCUGUCUCAGAUGAAUUUCUUCAAAAAAAAGGAGAAGAAGAAGAAGAAGAAGCGUGGUGAGAUAUCGCACCGGACGACCUUGAGGAUCUUUUUCUUGUGCGUUUAUUGUCAGUUCAACAUCUCAGUAUCGAAUUGACUGUAGGAUCGAAUGGUACCAGUGAUCUAGAAAUGAAACAAGAUCAAAGUGUUAUUCAUAAAUCAAAACAAAUCUUCAAAUCGGCAAACACUUGAGUAAUAAUGAGAAACUGAAAUUAAAAAUAAAAACCUAUUCUCAAUCAUCGAAAAGAUAAAUUAUGGAUUUAAAAAUUUUCGUCAUUAUCUCAAUGCUAAUUUCAAUGAGAACGUGUUUCUUGUUAUUCGAUAAGUUAAAUUACUUCAUGGAUUAUGAGAAAAAUUUUAAUUUUAAACCUGAGGUGGCGAAUUUUGGAAGUUAUGAUUUUGUGAUAAUUGGAGCGGGAUCUGGAGGAUCUGUAUUGGCUAAUAGACUCACGGAAAAUCCAAAUUGGACAGUUCUUCUAUUGGAAGCUGGUGGCGAUGAAAGUUUUCUCACUGAUAUCCCAUUAAUGGCGGCUAUUUGGCAUAUUACCGAUUAUAAUUGGGGAUAUAAAUCGACACCCCAUGAUGAGAGGAAAAAUAGAAAUGAUGGAUAUUGUCUUUCAAUGAAAGAAGGAAAAUGCAAUUGGCCGAGAGGAAAAGUUCUUGGCGGCACGUCCGUUAUUAAUUUCAUGAUUUACAUGCGUGGCGAUCGUCGGGAUUAUGACUCUUGGAGUGCUCAAGGAAAUCCAGGUUGGAGUUACGAAGAGGUUUUACCGUAUUUUUUAAAAUCCGAAAACAGUAAAUUGUCGUAUCAGGAAGACGAAUAUCAUGGAAGAGGAGGAUACCUUGACGUCACGAAUCCUCCUUUCGUCUCUAAACUCAGAGAACCUUUUCUUCAAUCAGCCGAAGAAAUGGGCUACUCUGUUCGCGAUUGCAAUGGGGAAAGUUUAGCAGGAUUUUGUGUGGUACAAGCAAAUUUACGAAGAGGUCGAAGAGUUAGUGCAAGUAAAGCAUUUCUAAAUCCCAUUCAGUAUCGAAGAAAUCUUCAUAUAUCGAAAUUUUCCCACGUGACAAAAAUAAUAAUCGAUGAGAAUAAUAAAGUGGCAACUGGCGUGGAAUUUAUGAAGAAUGGUCAAAAAUAUCGUGUUCGUGCGAAAAAGGAAGUUCUUCUCUCAGCUGGAGCAUUUAAUUCGCCGCAAAUUUUAAUGCUCUCGGGAAUUGGACCGAGAGAUCAUUUAGAAUCAUUGGGAAUUAAUGUUCUCGAGGAUUUGCCUGUUGGUGAAAAUCUUCAGGAUCACAUUAGCCAGUCAACAUUAACAUUCCUAGUCAAUGACACGGUGACAAUUGUCGAAUCACGUGUCGCCACAAAUCUAGUCAAUACAUUUAAUUAUCUACUUAAAGGAACUGGUCCUUUAACUGUUCCUGGUGGUGCCGAGGCAAUCGCUUUUAUUAACACCAAACCCGUUUUCAGAAAUGACAUCGACGGAAAUCGCACGUGGAGAAGUGAAGGGGACACGAGGAUAAAUACAGUAGUCGCUAAUGAGGAUGUCCCUGACAUUGAAUUAGUUUUAGGCCUUGGAGCUUUGACGGGCGACACUUCGGGAAGUUUACGAAGUCUUUUCGGUGUGACGGACGAAUUUUAUCAACGUGUUUUUAAAGAUUACGAAGGCCACGAUGCAUUUAGUAUUGUUCCUGUUUUAUUGCAACCAAAAAGUAGAGGUCGCGUUCAAUUAAGAAGCUCUAAUCCAUUUCACUGGCCGAUUAUUGAGGCUAACUAUUUCCAAGAAGAAGAUGACCUUGAUACGAUGGUUCGCGGUAUAAAAGAGGCAAUCAAAUUAGCGUCGACAAGGCCAUUUAAAAAAUUUAACACAACUCUUUUUCCACGAAAAUAUCCUGGAUGUGAAAAUUUGCUAUUUAAUUCCGAUAAGUAUUGGGCGUGUUUUGCACGUCAUGCGACUGUAAGUUUAGGUCAUUUCACAGGUACAUGUAAAAUGGCGCCACGACAAAAUUUUGGGGUUGUUGAUUCAAAAUUAAAUGUCUAUGGAAUUAGAAAUUUGAGGGUUGUCGAUGCGAGUAUUAUGCCGACAAUCACACGAGGCCACACCAACGCGCCAAUUAUUAUGAUUGGCGAAAAAGCCAGUGAUUUCAUAAAAGAAAAAUGGAGAAAUGCCGGAUAUUAAAGAAAAGUAGAGAAAAGAACUUUUUUUAUUUUUAUAAUUAUUAAUGAAAAAAGAAAUUGUCAAACAUGACAAUAUAGACUGUGCAAUAUUUUGUAUUUUUAUAUCGCUCAUCAUUAUAAAUGAACUAUAACGUUAAGAGAGAAAAAUUGAUAAAUUAUUUAUUAUUAAUUAGUCGAUUGUAUUUAAUUUUCAG